CCCUUUUGGACUUCCAAUCUGGCGGCAACAAUUCAACAAUCACAUGGGCAACAACAAAAUCAAAGACUUGCACGAAAUCGUAAAUGCAUCAUGGACGUGACUUUUCCCUUCCCGUUCCCACCCUAUGAUAUCCAGAAGGCGUUUAUGCGUCAACUGUAUCAAGUGUUGGAUCAAGGGGGAUUCGGUAUUUUUGAAAGCCCCACGGGCACGGGUAAAUCUAUGAGUCUCAUUUGCGGUGCACUCACAUGGUUCAAUCAAACCGAAAGUCACAGGAAAGAUUUGCUCGUCCAGCGGAUAAAGCAAAUCCAUCAGGAUCUCGAUCUGGUUCAAGGAGAAGACGAGCACGAGGAGGAUUGGAUCACGGUGGAAACGCGGAAACGGGAACGGCAAAAUGACCUCCGUUGGCUCAAAAUGGAGUUGGAAGCCAUUGAGGCUAAGGAAGAGAAAAUUCGCGAACUCAAACGUCGACGCAAGGUUAUUGUUCCCAAAGAAUCGGUUCAGACAGCAAACUCGGAGUUUGACGAAUUGUUCCGGGAUCUUCAAGAGAUUCGAGAGGCCGUCAAGCGAGAGUUGGCCUCGUGUAGUGGAAACGGCGACCAGGUUUUUGAUGAGGAAGAAGAGGCUGUCAUUGUGGACGAAUAUCUGAGCGAGGACGAAGGGGAAGAAGGGGACUCCAAUCAGGUGGACAUUGAGGAAAAGCCGGAUUUUUCCAAGAGGAUUUUCUAUUGCUCGAGGACGCAUUCUCAGCUCACUCAGUUUGUAAAGGAAGUGCAGAAGAGUCCGUUCAAAGAGGAUAUUCGUUUGGUGUCGUUGGCUUCUCGACAAGUCACGUGUGUUAAUCCUGAGGUGAAAAAUCUUCCCACCAAUGCUCUAGUCAAUGAGAGAUGCCUAGAUUUACAGAAGAAGAAAACCACGCAACACGCUCGGAAAGAAACCAACCCCAAAAAGUCCAAGGGACCUGGCGGCUGUCCCUUCUUUAAACAAAAGAACAUCGCCCUACUCCGAGACCAAAGCCUUCUCCAAGUGAUGGAUAUUGAAGACACCCUGGCUCAAGGCAAACUCAUCAAGGCAUGUCCGUACUACUCCAGUCGAAUGGCCAUUGAAGAUGCCCAAAUUGUGGUAUUGCCUUAUAACUCGUUGCUUCACAAACCCACUCGAGAUGCCUUAGGCAUUUCCAUCAAAAAUUCCAUCGUGAUAGUGGACGAGGCUCACAAUCUCUUGGACACGAUCGCUCACAUUCACAGUAUCGAGAUUUCCGGUACCCAAUUCAAGGAGGCUCACAAGCAAUUGCAAAAUUAUAUGGAGCGAUACCGGUCAAGGUUGAAGGCUAAGAAUCUGCUUUACAUCAAGCAAUUGAUCUUCGUCUUGGCUAAUUUGAUAAAGGUAUUGGGUGGGAAAGUAAGUGGGGAUGUGAAUCAGGAAAUCAAGGCCAAUCCCAGACUGAUAGAGACGUAUGAACUUCUAAAUGAAGCCGAGAUCUACAAUAUGAACAUUUUUAAAUUAGUCAAGUACGUAGGGAAAAGCAAGAUUGGACAAAAGCUUCACGGCUUUGCCGAGAAAUUCCAAAAUGCCCCGAAAAAGUCCAACCAACCCGAAGUCAAGAAGGGUCUGCAAGCUUUUUUGAGCUCGGUCAAGAAAUGUCCAAAAGGAGUGGAAAAUACGGGCCAGACUGAAAACCUCGACAUGGCAGCCGACAAAGCGACCCCACCCAAAUCUACACGCUCCCCUUUGAACUUCAUUGCAGAAUUCCUAAGAUCCCUCGUACACAUGUCAAAUGAGGCUCGGAUUUUAGUAAACUCGCAGAAUACACUGGCUAAAAGCUCGAUCAAGUACUGUCUGUUAAAUCCUGCCAGUCAGUUCAAAGAUUUAGUGGAUCAAUGCCAUUCCGUCAUUGUGGCAGGUGGAACGAUGCAACCAAUCUCCGAGUUCCGAGAUCAACUGUUUGUCAACGCGGGAGCUUCUCUGGCGCGAAUCCAGCAUUUCUCCUGUGGACACGUGAUCUCAAGAGACAAGAUCUUGCCCCUGACGUUGGUCCAUGGUCCGUCGGGUUUGCCUUUGGACUUCCGAUAUGGACAUCGAGACCGGAGUGAAGUCUUGGACGAACUUUACCGAAUUCUUCGCAACGCCAUCAACAUCAUCCCCGGAGGCGUGGUGUGUUUCUUCCCUUCGUAUGACUACGAGAGCAAAGUGUUCGGCUAUUUUACUAAAAUGGGCUACAUCGAGAAACUGGCCGUGAAGAAGAAAGUAUUCCGCGAACCGAAACGGAGCGACUUGAUGGACAAGGUCCUGCGGGAUUAUUCCCUCCAUUGUGUCAAAGGGGCACUCUUGUUCAGCGUGGUGGGUGGCAAGAUGAGCGAAGGUAUAAACUUCAACGACCACCUAGGUCGAUGCGUGAUCAUGGUGGGUUUACCAUUUCCUAAUGCCCAUUCCCUGGAGUUGAAAGAAAAGAUGAAAUACUUGGAUCAGACCGUAGCCCCUACGGACCAAGGCCGCACGGGCGGUCAAGUUCAUUACGAGAAUUUGUGCAUGAAAGCCGUGAACCAAUCGAUUGGACGGGCUAUUCGGCAUAAAGACGAUUAUGCCAGCAUUCUACUCCUGGACCAACGCUAUCAAACGCCCCACAUUCAAGGACAAUUACCGGCCUGGAUCCAGGAGCACGUUCAACACGUGAAUCGUUUCCCUCAAUGUCUGCCCCUUUUGAGCCAGUUCUUCAAAAGUAAAAUCAAUUGAGACAAGUCUUCGACACAA